GGAAAGACGAAAUCGCCUCCUUAAGUCUGGAAGCAGCAAGGGGGAGAAAUGGAAAGCUGCAUAAGGCAGCCAAGAGGGCCAGUCCAGACGCCCGGCCAGCCCUGCUUGGCUGGCUCUCGCGCUUGAACAGUGCCCAGUUAACCGUUAACGGUUUGACCGAACUGUGCAUUUAAACGCCCCCCUCUCCGCUUCGUGUACUUUUGAACUGAACUCUCUGCGGCGGCGGAUUGGCUCGAGGGGCACAUGCGCAAACGCUGGGGCUGCUUCCCUUUCCUCUUCUCUAGCGACUCUGAUUGGAGGAGCAGAAAGAAGAGUUUAAGCCGCUCGAGUGGGACUCGCUCCAGACUGCUGAGGGGACGAGCUGUGGGGGCUGCCUUCGUGGGGAGGACGGCCGAGGCGAGCAGCUACUGGUUACGGGCUGCGCGUGUCUACACGUAUGUGUACAUGGGGAUAUACAAGGCAAAUUUGGAGCAGGAGGGGUGGACUCCAGGCGUGGAGGAUUCAAUCUUGCCAUUGGCGUCGCUGCUCAACGCCCCCCCCACCCCCGGUGUCUCAGGUCGUGAUCCUCCAGCUCUUCGUAUAAUGUCAGUCCCAUCACUGGGAUUUCCUUGCAAGUAAUUGACUAGAAACGAAGAUCUGCAACAUUGACAACUCAGGCUGCCUGGAGCAGCUACAGAGAAGACCCACCUCUGAGUCGCCACCAGACAAACUGGUGGUAACUGGAGAUGGACUUCCUCAGGUGACCUUAACGUGCCGUGGUUAUAAUGUAGAAGAAGGUGCUCUCUAAGAUAACUUGGACCUAAGAUGUACAGGACUUUAAAGGAAAAUAGAAACUUGUUCUUUCUCAGCAGUACCUGAUCCUUGGGCUGACUUGUACCAAUUUACUGUAAUUUCAUGGAAAUGCAUCAUUUUGAAGAGGAACUAACUUGUUCCAUAUGCUAUAGUAUAUUUGAUGACCCCCGUAUACUGCCUUGUUCACACACAUUUUGUAAAAGCUGUUUGGAAAGUGUUCUUCAGUUAUCAAGCAACUUUUCCAUAUGGAGACCCUUAAGACUUCCAUUGAAAUGUCCCAACUGUAGAAGCAUUGUUGAAAUUCCUCCGUCUGGUACAGACUCAUUGCCUGUAAACUUUGCACUAAAGGCUAUUAUUGAAAAGUAUCAGCAAGAAGAGCGUCCAGAGGUUGCUACAUGUAGUGAACAUUAUAGACAGCCACUAAAUGUUUACUGUCUUUUAGACAGAAAAUUAGUGUGUGGCCAUUGUCUUACUAUAGGAAAACACCAUGGACAUCCUAUAGAUGACCUUCAGAGUGCCUACAUGAAAGAAAGAGAAACUCAUGGCAAACUCCUUGAACAGUUGACUGAUAAACACUGGACUGAAGUAUGUUUGCUUAUUGAAAACCUGGAAGAACAGAAAGCUCAGUGUGAAAGCAUUGUUCAGGAGGAUAAAAAAACGGUGUUGCAAUAUUUUAAGAGACUCAGUGAUAUACUAGGUAAUAAAAAACAAGCUUUGCUUGCAGCUUUGGAUGAAUUGAAGAUGCAGAUUGUGGCGGAAUAUGAUCCUCUCAUUGAAAAGAUGAAGGGAAUAAGAGAAGAGCAACUUGAGUUAAUGUCUCUGAAUACAUUGGUUCAGGAGGAAGAGUCUCCCCUUCUUUUUCUGGAGAAGAUUGAGGAUAUAUGCCAGCGUGUUAAAGCUUUGAAGCAAAAACCAUUACCAAAUGUAGAACCUGUUGAAAUCUACCCUCGAAUAGGACAAGUGUUGAAGGAUGUAUGGAUCAAAACUGAAAUUGGUCAGAUUAACAAGGUUCUUAUUCCCAAAAUAAAGCUGGUUUCAAAAGGAAAAGUAUGCAGCCGUGGCUGUGAGAAGAAGAUAAAAUCUAAAGAGUUCUUGUCCGUAAACCCUCUCUCAGUUAUACUUAUUCUCUCAGUUCUGGCAAUUGUUGUCAUCUUUAGCCAACACUUAUUCAUAAAUCAAAUUGCCUUCCCCUGUAUUCUGGAUGCCUUACAAAUAGUUUAUGAAGACUUCAGUAAAAGGUUGCAAAAGGUGGUGGAACCCCUGUGGCAUACCUCUAAUCUUAUAUUUGAAUAUCUAUGUAGAGUAGUUUUUUCCUCCUCCAUGUGAGUAUUUAAAGUAGCAACUUGUGUUAAGGACAAUGUAACUUCCAUGGAUUGCUUUAAUUAAAAAAAAAAAAUCUUUAUAGCUUGAUGCUAAACAUGGCUGAGGGAGUGUAUUGACAGCUGCGUCACAAACUGUGAUCUCACCCCAGCAUUGCAAAAUAUCCAGGAUGAAUAUUAUAUUAAGAAUAAGACCAGUUCCUUGGAAUUGCUAGAAUACAUGCACAAGCUGCUACCUCUUGCAAAGGUGCCUACAAGGAGAGAUUAGAAGGAAUUGUAUAGGCAGGCUGGGAGUCCUUUGGUUGUUUUCUUAAUUGCUCAUGUGUAGAAAAUACCAAAGAUUUCAGUGUUUUUUUAAUUUUAUCCUAGAAAAGUAUGAGAGUGACAUACACAGUUUUCCUUACUCUGGAGCAAGGGCUCCCUAAUGAGUCUUACUCCGGAUUAAGGUUCCUUGUUUCAGAGUAUGGAAAACUGUAUGCCAUCUUUAUUUUUCAGUUUUAUAGAAAACAAAGGACAUUGUGCAACAUCCAGUCUAGAAAGUCAUGAAAUGAAAGCACUAUUGAAAUCAAUUGGGGAAGUUAGUCAUUACUACCUUAGCUCCUUUUAAGUUAAUUAUGGCUAAAUUCCUUUGAAAUUUGUCUGGAUGCUGUAUAAUGAAUCCUAAAUCUUCAAAAAGGAACUGAGAUACAGAAAAGGAAGUGUUUGGCUUUUGACUCCAUAGCCCUUGUUGAAAACAAUAAAAAUUGUAACCCAUAUAUAUUUUAUUGAUUGUGUUUGGCAUAUUUGCAGAGAGUUUACUUCUUAGUGUUUCAGUAGGAGUUUUAAUUCUGUUGGCUUAAGAUUUGUUCAGUCCCUUUUGUUUCAAGCUUUGUGGAUGUUCACUGUAAAUUUUGGUAUAAACCUUUGCUCUGUUUUUCAAAUUGGGCAUGAUGCUGUAGAUGACAGUUCUCUUAGUGGUACAGACUACGUUGCUUAUCUCAUUUUAUACCAUAAUUCUAACCACCUUUACUCUUAAGUGGCUUGAUUUCCAUGUCACUUGUUGCCAAGUUAAUGUGCUGAUGACCGUUUUUUUUAAAAAGCCUUGAGAUACCUACUUCUAAAGCUCUCCCUAGAUUUGAACCUGAGCCACUUCUAAAAUAAUUGUACAUUAAAUGUUUUCAUAUUCUUAUUUUAGAAGUGCAUCCUGUGAUUGCGCAUUGGGCUCACUGAGGGUAUCCACUCUGGUUUCUGAGACUGGGGAAUUGACAUUAACUGACAGUAAGGGAGAGAAUACCUGGAUUGGGAUAUCGGAUCACACAAAGCUUUAUUCUGAAAAAUUACAAGGAAGGAAAUUGGCUGUUCUUGAACCAGUGUAAUGUCAUAAUAUUUAACAUCACACCUUCACAGAAUCAGUGCAGAUCAGCUGUACAUAAAAUAUGUUGAAAUGGGCAGUGCUGAUUUUUGGUACUUGCAUCUGUAGUUGUUAAUACCAGAUCUGUAGUGCUUAAUGAUAUUGUAACAGAUGUUAAUGAGGAACACUUGAAAAAAUACUUUUUAUUCUGCGCUAGAGAGGGCAGCUAACCAGUCUACAACUUUAUCAUGCAAAAAUAGGGGAAAUGGUUGAUAGAAAGCACUGUGUGCAAAACCCACCCUUUGUAUAGGAAUAAAGAUAGUAAUCUCUGCCUAUUUCUCCAGUUGGUCCAUAAACCUAGUACACAACAGCUGCAUUCAAAAUCCAAAAUGGUGGCAAUCACUUAGCCAUCUGCACCACAUACCAUUUUUGGUGCACAACUACAGAUGAUGAAAUGGAGCAGUCUGUAUGGGAUUUGGAUUUGUAGAACACCAUGCAGUUGCUUGUGUGACAAUGUCCUCUCAUCUAAUCUCUAAAAUGUUUGUGUGUGUGUCUGUCUUCUGGUAUAGUCAGUUUUGUAACUUUAGAUAAUAGAACUUGUAAUUGAUUUUUUUCCAGAUUUUAUAAAUUCAGAAUUUGUACUUUUCAUAUAGUAAAUAUUUUAAUCAUUUUAGCUACCAUAACAUUUUGACAGUGCUUUUAUUUAACCUUAUAUAAAUAUGAAAAUGUUUUAAUAAAAAUGAGAAAAUUAACUCUCCUCUUCUUAGGAAACGCUUAGAUUAAAGUGGUGCUGAAGUUAUUACUAUGGCAUUUCUUAGUGCAGGGACAGGUAAAUUGUGUAAUCCUGAGGACCAUUUUUCAGAUGGGCUUGAGCUGGUAAAGCGUUUUUUAAUUGUUUGAAGAAUUUUAAUAAACCAAACAAGUUGUUCAUAAUACAGUCAUUUCUCCAAAAGGUGGGGGAAGGUAACAGUAACUGCAUAAAUGAUAUAUAUUAACAAUAAUAAAACUGUUCAUAAAGCAAA